AUGUUCUACUCUCAGCAAGCGGCCGGCUCCUCGCAGGCCAAGCAUCACGACGCGGGCGGCUCCGGACCGAUUGGUGAAAUCGGCCUUGGUGGCCGAGGACCGCUAGGCGGUAAUGGCGGCGGCAGCAACGGAGGAGGCAACGGAGGUUGGGGCCGGCAUCCAGCCGCCUUCAACCCCAUGUCCUCCGGUGCGUUUGGCGGCAGCAGCGGCGCCAACGGGAUCUUUGGCGGUCCUCCAGGAGGAGGCCACCACGGUCCCGGCCCCCAUGUUCACCCCCACCACGGCGGAUUACACCAUGGUCCUCAACACACGCCUUUCGGCAGCAGCGGCGGCUCUGGAUUACACCUCGGGCAGCAGCACUCUGGCGGCAUGGGUUUAGGACACGGUCCCGGACAGUACGGCAGCGGACUCGGCGGCGGCAUGGGCUUUGGCGGCAGCCAGCAGACGAGCCCACCUCGAGCUGCGGCUGAGGCUGCGAUGCCCCUGACUCCGUUCUGGCAGCAGCAACUCCUGCGCGCAGAAACUUCUCGGGUAGCCAGCUCGCCUCAUCACCGUGCACGCUCGGCAGCCAUGGCUUCGCGCAUGAGCAACAAGCCAGCUGCUGUCACCAUCAUGGACCCGAACCGCCCAACGUCGGCCGCAGGCACGCCAGGGACACCCAACGGAACUCACCGAAGGAACGCGUCGAGCGCUAUCACCGCUUCUCCCGCAAACACGGCAGCCACGGCGGACGACAACGCGACCACUGUUUCAUCAACUGCUGGAACCACUGUGGCUGACCCGAUGAACCCUGCGCAGCCGCCCGCGCCGGCGUCCAAGCAGGAAGAGCCGUAUGAGCCGUGGACCGGCCUUGAUCUCGGCGGUAUCAGGCUUAAGACGCUGUCACCGUCGCUGUUCGCCUUUUCGCACAUCACGUCACUGUACAUCAACCACAAUAACCUCAAGGUCCUCCCGCCUGCGAUCUCAAACCUGAAGCAGCUCACCCUUCUCGAUGCGACAUCGAACGAGCUUGGUUCCCUGCCUCCUGAGAUUGGUGUGUUGUGCAAGCUCAAGGAGCUGCUCGUUUUCGACAACAACCUCACCACUCUCCCGACUGAGAUCGGCGGCCUCUACCAGCUCGAGGUCCUUGGUAUCGACGGCAACCCGAUGGAUGAGAACGUGCGCAAGAUGAUCGCCGACCAGGGAACGCAGGCUCUGAUUGCCCACUACCGUGACAUCCAUCAGAGCGAGGCUCCUCCCGAGCGUACUUGGAUCGAGAUCGAGCCCGACAUUUCCUCUCCCUCCGACCAGACCGAGUCGUUCACCGUCCUCACGUACAACAUCCUCUGCCCUUCCUUUGCCCCCUCGACCUCGUACGCCUACACGCCCGCGUGGGCCCUCGACUGGCAGUACCGCCGAGAGACGCUCCUCGAGGAACUCGUCAACGCUUCUGCUGACAUUGUCUGUCUGCAGGAGAUUGACAGCGAGCAGUACUCGGAGUGGUUCUACCCCAAGCUCAAGGAGCGGGGCUACGACGGCGCGCACUACCCGCGCACGCGUGCUCGCACCAUGUCGGCCGACGAUGCCAAGCUCAUUGACGGUUGUGCGACGUUCUGGAAGCGGGACAAGUUCCAGCUCAUCGAGACGCAGGUCAUCGAGUUCAACCAGAUUGCUCUGCACAAGACGGACAUGCGCACGGAGGACAUGUUCAACCGUGUCAUGUCGCGCGACAAUAUCGCGACCGUCGCGCUGCUCGAGUUUAUCAAGACUGGAGCUCGUCUCGUCGCCGCCAACGCGCACAUCUACUGGGACCACCGGUUCCGAGAUGUCAAGCUUGUGCAGAUCGGUAUGAUGAUGGAGCGUCUCGAGGAGGUUAUGGCCGACUUUGCCUCUUUACCCCCCAAGCCGGCCAGCGAGGACGGACCCGCGCCGCCCAAGUACGACCGGACGCAGAAGGGUCGCGACAUCCCGCUCAUCAUGUGCGUGGACUUGAACUCGCUCGCCAACUCGGGCGUGUACGAGUACAUCACCAAGGGCGAGGUGCCGGGCAACCACGAGGACUUUAUGGACCACACGUACGGACCGUACACGAACAAGGGCCUGAAGCACGGUCUCGGGCUGAAGUCGUCGUGCGAGAGCUUUGGCGAAAUGCGGAUGACCAACUACACUCCGACGUUCGCCGAGGCCAUCGACUACGUGUUCUACUCGCCGCGCUCGCUCAAGGUGACGAGCGUGCUCGGCGACGUCGACCGCAAGUACCUGAGCCGGGUCGUCGGGUUCCCGAACGCGUACUUCCCCUCGGACCACAUCCCCGUGUUCGCCCAGUUCCGUGUCAAGGGCAAGGAGAGCGCGGCCGACAAGCCGACGUACAACUCGUACCAUCACUAG